AUGUUCGAUAAAGUUUUUCAACGUGCUUUGAAAUUUCGCCUGAAAAAGUCAUAUCCAACGAAUAUCUAUGAUCUAACGCGCGGGGCAGCCAUCGCUGUCCGGCGUCCGUAUAGUGAUGAGGUGCGUCGUGCUCAGGCUCAAAGCGUUGCAGCACCAGGUCCUACAAUUUUCGACAAAAUAAUAUCAAAAGAAAUCAAAGCCGACAUAAUUUAUGAAGAUGAAUUGUGCCUUGCUUUCAAUGAUGUCAGCCCACAAGCACCGGUUCAUUUUUUAGUUAUUCCUAAGCGACGAAUUCCCAGACUCCAGGACACCGAAGAUAACGAUAAAGAGAUCCUCGGCCACCUAAUGCUGGUAGCGCGUUCUCUUGGCGCUGCACGAGCACCAGCUGGCUGGCGUCUCGUCGUCAACAACGGACGUCAUGGAGCCCAGUCAGUUUAUCAUCUCCAUUUGCAUGUAAUGGGCGGCCGACAGAUGGGCUGGCCACCGGGCUAA